AUGGUGCAGUCCGAACCACUUUCGAUGCAGGCUUCCGGUUCAUCUAUCAAAGAACUUGCAGAGAAGACAAAUCUGAACAAGGAAGAUGAAGAGAACUUAGAGGAUUCCACCAACCAAGCAGCCCUUUUCAAUUCACUCACCAACUUCCUAAACAAAGGUACCGAGUGGAACAAAGAGCCGCAGGAAGCAGCAAAAGAGAUAUCCGGCACAGAGACGACAAAAGAAGUGUCCGACGCGCCAGGGGCGUCUGCUGCCGGCCCUAUCGCCUCUAUAUUAGUAGACGUUCAGGCAGUUGACGAUGUCGAUGACAUAUUUGGGUCAUGCUGGGAUCAGCGAAUUACGUUCCCAAGCAGGAUAGGCUGCCUAGUGACGAAUUAG